AUGGACGCCGAUAUCUUCGCACGAAGUGGCGGCCUCGGCGGCGACCCGAGCGAUCGACCUGGAUUCUAUAAACCCGUUGGUAUUGGUUUGGCUGUUGGAUCUGGUGUCUUUAUCGGUAUCUCUUUCGUCUUAAAGAAAGUCGGAUUAUUGCGCGCCAACGAGAAAUACAACGAGGUCGCCGGAGAAGGAUAUGGAUACCUCAAAAACUUCUACUGGUGGGCGGGAAUGACACUUAUGAUCAUUGGCGAAAUCCUCAACUUUGUCGCAUAUGCCUUCACCGAUGCAAUUCUCGUCACUCCUCUCGGCGCAUUGUCCGUUGUUAUUACGGCUAUCCUUUCGGCCAUCUUCCUCAAAGAGCGCCUCAGCAUGGUCGGCAAAGUUGCUUGCUUCCUCUGCAUUGUCGGCUCGGUUGUUAUUGUGAUGAAUGCUCCGCAUACAUCAUCCGUCAGCGAUAUCCAAGAGAUGCAGAAAUACUUUAUUACACCGGGAUUCCUCACCUAUGCCGGCCUCAUUAUAGUUGGAUCCAUCGCCACUGCAUUAUGGGCUGGACCAAGAUAUGGUAACAAGAAUAUGCUGGUCUAUAUCUCAAUCUGCAGUUGGAUUGGUGGACUCAGUGUCGUCUCGACUCAAGGACUGGGUGCUGCCAUCAUUGCUUGGAUCGGCGGCAAACCUCAGUACAAGGAAUGGUUCCUAUGGGUUUUAUUCGUCUUUGUCAUUGGGACGUUAUUGACAGAGAUCAUUUAUCUCAACAAAGCGCUCAACAUCUAUAACGCAGCCCUCGUUACCCCGACAUAUUACGUCUACUUUACCAGUACGACUAUUAUCACGUCAGCAAUUCUUUUCCAAGGUUUCAAGGGCACUGCCCAGUCUAUCGUCACCGUUGUUUUAGCAAAGGAUGUGCCCGACGCCGCAGUCUUCAGCGGCGACCUCGAUCAGAUCCAGACUAUUGCCGAGCAGGAACAGCCAGAGUCAGAACCCAAGGCCGAUGCCAUCCGCGGAGCCGCUGCCAUCGUGCGGCAGAUCUCACAGCGACGACUUAGAAUGGAAGCCGAAGAGCUCAAGCGACUGCACGAGGAAAAGAUGAUGAUGGACACCAUGGAUCCUAUCCGAGAAGAUGGACAGCAGCCAGAGUGGGAGUGGGAUGGCUUGAGAAGAAGACGAACAAUGACAUUCAGGACCGGGACGAUUAGCAGCUCUAGAGCAGGAUCAGUAACAUCGCCUCCACCACCGAUGCCUCCCGUCUCCCCCCGUUUUGCUGUAAGACCAAGCAGUCCAAGGCACCCACCUUUAGGCAUGUCGCAGUUCCCACCGGUCGAAGACGGAGACGAUAGCGACGAUGAAAACAACCGUCAGGAAACAAACACACUCUUCUCUAGCAUUGCAGGUACCAUUCGAGGUAGAGCCCGAGGCUUCACCAACUUCUCGGGUAGACACGCCAACGACGAUCAUGAAGACGAUAAACCCCGGCCCCGCAGCCCGAUGCACCCGGUGCCCCUGACUGAGAUCGCCGUCCCCCGGGAUAAGGCCGACGAAGAACACGCCGCUUACUACGGUCAAACUCGGGAGCACGAGUACAAUGGACAGGAUACUGAGUACCGAGGGGCGUCGUUCCGAAGUGGUGACAGCCUUGCGCCUCCGACGCCCCCGCCUCAUGGACAACCUCAGGAUACGACACGACGUCAGUUUUCAUUCCAUAACGUUUUCCGGCGGCCUCACUCAUCGUCUAGAUCAACAUCACACGUCGCGGACCCAACGGAGGAAGAGCGGGCCGGACUCGUCAAGGACGAUAGCCAGCCGGGCCCAUCUUUUCUCUAG